AGUCCUCUCAAAUCUAAUUGUAGAACUCGAUCACCAGUGGAAAAACUCGAUCCGAGUUCGUGAGGUGGAAGAUGGUAGUUGAAUCAGUGCUCACUUUCGCUGCUGAGGGGAUUCUGAGCAAGGUGUCUUCUCUUGCCGCUAACAAAAUUGCUCUUGCAUGGGGGUUCAAGGCCGAACUGGAGAAGCUCAGACAGUCCUUAUCCUACAUUCAAGAUUUAUUAGGCAGUGCUGCGGAUCAGAGACUAGAUGAUCGGGGCAAGGCAGUAGAGGAAUGGGUCAAGAAACUUAAACAGGUAGCUGAAGACGCAGAUGAUGUUUUGGAUGAGUUCGAGUAUGAACUUCUCCGACAACAAGUGGAGCUGCGAAACGACAUGGUGUUUCCGCAGAAGAUGUUUUGCAGAAAGGUACUCAACUUCCUUUCUGCCUCCAAUCCUCUUUGGUUUCGUUUCAAUCUGGCGCAUAAGAUUAAGAAGAUCAAUGAUUCUCUGGUGGAGCUUAAGAAUGAGGCACCUGCAAUCAUCUUGGUUGCCAAAAAAGGAGAUUCAAGGCGACGACCAGAUCGAGUGCAAACUGAUGCAUUUUUUGAGAUUGAGAAUGGUGAAAAAGAAAAAGUUGUUGGAAGGGAAGACGCUGUGAGAAAGAUAGUUACGACGUUGAUCAGCUCCGACAAUCAGCAGAAGAAUCUUUCAGUUAUGGCCAUUGUGGGAAUGGCUGGCCUGGGGAAGACUACUUUGGCUAAAUCAGUGUACAAUGAACCUGACAUAGAUAAACACUUCGAUAAAAGAAUAUGGGUGUGUGUGUCUAACACUUUUGAAGUGUUUACGAUUUUAAGUCAGAUGGUAGACACUGUAGUACCUGAAAAGGCUGGAAUGAAAUGCCAAAAUGCAAUUCUUGAAGCUCUGAGAGAGAAGCUAACAGGGAAGAGAUAUCUUCUGGUGCUCGAUGAUGUUUGGAAUAAAGAGAAGGAAAAGUGGGAUAGCUUGAUGAGUUGUUUGUCAAAGCUGAAUUCUAAACCCGGAAGCUGCAUUAUCGUCACCACCCGUAGCACCAAUGUGUCAACUAUUGCUGAAACACUCCCCAGACCUGAGUUGACAAAGCUAUCAGAGGAGGAUUGUUGGUCCAUUAUAAAGCAAAGAGCUUUAAAAGACGAAAAUGAUGCAGAACUAGAAAGAAUUGGGAGGGAGAUUGCUGAGAAGUGUGGAGGGGUACCCUUGGUUGCAAAGGUUUUGGGAAGCCUACUGCGCUCAAAAGCUAGUGAAGUUGCUGCAAGACCUAGUACAGUUGCUGAAUGGUCGUCAAUUCGAGACAAUAGAUUAUGGGACCUACGUGAAGGGGAGGACAGGAUCAUGAAGGUAAUUGAAAGAGGCACUAUUACGAAGUACACAAUGCACGAUCUUGUGCAUGAUCUUGCAGAAAAAGUGUCCAAAAGUGAGCGCUUGACACAGGAGUUGAAUGAUGAUGUUCGACAUGUUGCACGUAGUCGACCUCCUUCAACACUAGAAAACAUGUCAGAAGUAACUGUUGGGAGAUUGCGCUCACUAUUUUCAAAUGACCAGGUCCCAGAUAUCGUUUCCUCCAAGUUCAAAGCAAUGCGGGUCUUAAGUUUUGAUACAGCAGAUAUAAAAGAGUUGCCAAAGUCAUUUGGCAAGCUGAAGCACUUGAGAUAUCUAGACCUCUCAGAUACAGGAAUCAAAGCACUUCCCAAGUCAAUUGGCAAGCUCUAUAACCUUCAAACAUUGCGGAUGCAGAAUUGUGAUAUGAACGAGCUUCCAAGGGAGAUGCAAAACUUGAUCAACUUGAGGAAUCUCGUCCUAGAUCGCUGUAGCGAAUGUGAAGAACUCCCGAUACUAGGCCAUCUACCGUUCCUUAGAGAUGUGAAGAUAAAGGGUAUGCAUAACCUAAAACGCAUUGGAAGUGAAAUUUAUGGUUAUGACCUUGUUUACGAGGCUACACGAGAGAAGGAGACGAUAGUCUUAUUUCCAGCACUAAAAACAUUAAGCAUUUCCUACUGCCUUGAGCUAAUUGAAUGGAUGGAAGCACCCACAACGACGAUGACAAAAGUAGAGGUGUUCCCUUGCUUGGAGGAGUUGACGAUACUAUGUUGUCCAAGAAUUGGGUUCAUUCCAAUUCCCUGCAGCAUGGCAUCCCUCCGCGAACUGCGGAUUGAAUGGUGUGAUGCAUUAUCUAGUAUUGGCCAACUCGAUCAUUGCACCUCUCUACAGGAAUUGGAGAUUAACAGCUGUGAAGCAUUAUCUAGUAUUGGCCUAGAGGGCCUUUCAUCCCUCCGCAAACUGCGGAUUGAAAGAUGCGAUAAUCUAGCGACCAUUUCGUUUACACGAGUCCUCCCAUCCCUCAGUAAAUUGAAAGUUGAGUACUGCGAUAAUCUGUCUUCCUUGGCUGUCCCAGAAUACUGUCCCUCGCUUCAGGAGUUGAAAGUAAGCCAAUGCCCCAAGCUAGCAUCCAUUACAUUUUCUACGGAUUUGAAUCCAUGUCUUGAGGAUUUGUGUAUAGAGAACUGCGACGGUCUGCAAUCUCUUCCAGAUUUCCGCAGUUUCACAUCCCUCCGUGCAUUGUCUAUUGAAGAAAGUGCGGGGAUAGAAAGUCCGGUGAGUGAGUUUCAUAUCCCGGUGUCUCUGGAGCAGUUGUGUAUUUCGAAAUUCCGUAAUCUGGAGAGUAUUCCACGAUUGGAGGAAUGCACAUCCCUUCGUGGAUUCAAGGUUAGUCAUUGUGACAAAUUGAAGUUUCUACUGACAGGGCUGAGCUGCCUCGCUCGUCUGGAGGACUUGUGUUUAGGUCCUUUCUGGGAGGACCUCGACUCUUUCCCUGAUUUUCAAGUUCCAUCCCAACAACUUGUAUCAUUAGCGUUGGACGGGUGGCCUAAGCUCAAGUCUCUUCCUCAACAAGUUCAACACUUGACUUCGCUGACAGAGUUGACUAUAAGUUCUUUCAAAGGAGUGGAGACUUUACCAGAGUGGCUGGGCAACCUUGCAUCUCUCGUGGACCUGAGAAUUUUGAAUUGUGAGAAUCUCAAGUAUCUACCUUCUCUCGAAGCAAUGCAACGCCUCACCAAAUUACAGCAUCUAUAUGUUUCUGGUUGUCCACUUCUAAAACAAAGAUGCACCAAGCACAUCUGCGAAGAAUGGCCCAAGAUUUCUCACAUUUCAGAUAUCAGAAGUAAGUAA